AUGAAGCGAUUCGUGAGCGCGUCGAGGGAGAGCGUGCACAGUACGAAAUCGGGUGCGCUCGGCAUCGAUGAUGUGAUGGCCACGAAACGAUCAGUUUCCCAAUCACGGGGAAAUCUUCGCGACGAGGAGCAGUAUAGCUUGGACCAGUUUGCCGUGGCUCCCAUGGCACCUCAAAAGCGAUCGAUUUCCCAUUCGCGGGAGAGCCAGCGCGGCCAGGGGCAGUACGAUAUGAAUCACUUUGGCGCGGAUAAUCUGACACCUCGAAAACGAUCGGUUUCGCAAUCGCGAGGAAUUCAGCGCGGCGAGGAACAGCACAGUCAGGGUCAGAUUGGUGUAGAUUAUGGCAUGACAUUUCCUCGAUCAAUUUCUCAUUCUCAGGGCAUUCUGCGUGAUGAGAAACAGUACAGUUUGAAUCAGUUUGGCACGGAUGAUCGGACACCUCGAAAGCGAUCGGUUUCACAAUCGCGAGGAAUUCAGCACGGCCAGGAACAGUACAGUCUCGGUCAGAUUGCUGCAGAUGACAUGACAUUUCGUCGAUCGGUUUCUCAAUCGCGAGAAGUUCAGCACGGCGAGGGACAGUACAGUUUGGAACAGUUUGGUGUAGAUGGUAUGGCAAGUCGAAAACGAUCGAUUUCUCAGUCGCGUGAAAGUCGACGCGGCGAGGUGCGUACACUUCCACCUCUGUAA